AAUCCACGGCGAACGGUUCGUGCGAGCGCGUGAAAAAUUCUACUUAAAGCGAUUAAUACGAGUAAUACGAGAAAAACAAAACACAAGGUGAAUUAUUUCUGCGGGAUAUUUUCUUUAAGAAUACGUUGAAAUAUUCAAUUUACAAAUUUAUAUUUCCAAUUUAUCGUUGCGCGUGCGGAAAAACUGAAAAUCUCGGUGCGAAAUUCGAACGGAAAAGCGAUUGAAAAUAAGGCGAGUGCAUUUCCUCGACCUGCGAAGCUUUUGCAAUUAAAUCUAUUUUCGCCGACAUAAAUACACAAGCCGUUGAAAACAAAAUAGAAGAAAAACAAAACGCAAUUGCUGGCAAAUCAAUUGCUCAAGGAAUUGAAAACUAUUCGCUGUUAUGUCAUGGAAAAUCUCUGAGCGAAUUUCUUAAAAAAAGUUUAACAAAAUAUUCGUGUGUAAUUUUGUGACCAUUUAAAAACUGCAAACCAACAACAACAACAACGACAGCAAAAAAUUGCUAGACACGCGCGUGUUUUUUGCACACUUUUUAGCGGCUUCGAAGAGAAACUUCCACCGCUCCCCCGCGCUCUCUUCUCCUCUCAGCCGCCCACCACCCAACGUUUACUACCACUUUUAUUGCUCACGCGUGUUUUUUCGGUGGCCUUUUGUUUUGUGCGCUCGUAUUGGUAGCCCCAGUGUUCCGCAGUUCCUCUCUGUGUGUGUGUGAGUGUGCGUGUUAGCCGGCAAGUGCAGUUGUGUGUGUUUGUUGCCGCGAACAGCUGUUCUGCCCAGACAGCAUGCAGAAGUAAAUACAAGGAAAUAAGAAGAGGCGAAAAGUGGUGCGAAUAAGUUAAGUAAGCGGCUAAGAAAUAGAAGGAAAAGCUAAUUUCGCCGCAUCAUCCACUGUCUGGGCCAGCAAACAUCCAUCAAAAUGGCGGCCAGGAGCAUCCGGCUAGCGCAGCUUCUGUUUUUCUCUUUCCUGCUCUGCGGCCUCGCCGACAUGUCAGCCGCCAAGCACCUGGACGUGGACGGGGUGCACCACCACCAGCACCACCAGCACAGCGCCACCACGCACCACCGCCGACGCCUGCAGCGGGACUCGCGGGCGAAGGACCUGCCCCCCGCCCACCAGUGCGAGAACGUCAAGAGCUACUUCGAGUCGAUCGACAUCAAGUCGAGUGGGACCUACAGCGAAAAAGGAGCCAUUUGCGGUGGAAACUGCUGCAACAAUGCCACGGAGCUGCAGCUGCGGGACAAGGCAGCCGGAAUGUUCGAGCAACUGCUGCACCACCACACCAGCAGUCUGCGCGGAGUCCUCGAGACGAAUGCCAAGCAAUUCCAAAGUCACGUCCUGGAUCUGGUGCAGAUUUCGGAGAACAUGACCCAUUCCCUGUUCUCCACGGUCUACUUCCGAAUGGUGCCGCAAUCCCGCAUGAUGAUCCAUCAAUUGUACACGGAAAUCAUGAACCAACUGAUUUACACCUCAAAUUACACGAAUAGUAAUGGCGAGCAGGGAAGACGGGGCAUUGGAAGUGUGCAGGGAAGCUUGGAGUCCGCUGUGAGGCAUUUCUUUGUGCAACUCUUCCCGGUGGCUUACCACCAGGAGGUGCACCUGUCCAAGAACAAUCUGGGUGACUUGCACGACGACUACGUCAACUGCCUGAAGCACAACUUCGACGAGAUGCGGCCUUUUGGGGAUAUUCCACGGCAAUUGCAGGCCAGCCUGGGCAAGAGUGUCCACAUGUCGAAUGUCUUCAUGAACGCCCUGCUCCAGGCAGCCGAGGUCCUCAGCGAGGCGGACGUCCUUUACGGCCAGCAGCUGACGGACACGUGCAAGCAGCAGCUCCUCAAGAUGCACUACUGCCCCAACUGCCAGGGUCGAUUGGCCAGGAGCGAGACGAACUUGUGCCAGGACUACUGCAAGAACGUGAUGCGCGGCUGCUCGGCGGAAUAUGCUGGUCUGCUGGACGGUCCCUGGUCGAGUGUGGAGGAUGCCCUCAACAACCUGGUGACCACCCACAUUCUCUCGGACGGCGGCAUCAUCAACGUCAUUAAACAGCUGCAGUCGAAGCUCUCCGAUGCAAUCAUGACCGCCAUGAACAAUAGCCCUGAUUUGGAGCAGAAGGUGAAGAAGACGUGCGGCACUCCCAGCCUGACACCCUACUCCACCGCAGAGGCGGAUGCGCGGCCACCGCCCCACAAGAACAACAUCAAGUGGCCAGUUGCCCCGGAUCCGGACAUGGUCCGCUUCCUCUCGACCAUCGAGAAGAGCAAGGAGUUCUACACGACCAUCGUGGACAACUUCUGUGACGAGCAGCACUCUCGCAAGGAUGAGCCCUGCUGGACAGGCGAACGCUUCGGGGAUUACACCCAGUUGUUGAGUAAACCUGGAACUGAUGGCCAGCGAUACAAUCCCGAGGUGCCCUUCAAUUCGAUGACUCAAUUCAGCCAGCUGAACGAGCUGGUCGACAAGCUCAUCAAGAUCCGCAAGAGCAUUGGAGCUGCGGCACCUUCGAACAGCAUACAGUCGACUCACGACAUCCAGAAUGAUAUGGGAGAGGGUUCUGGUGGUGGCGAGGGCCAGAUCGGCGAUGACGAGGAGGAGUAUGGAGGCGCACAUGGUUCCGGGGACGGUUCCGGAGAUGGACCCCACACGCGCAUCGAGGAAACCGAAGGCACCACAACCAACGACUUGGAGUCGCCGGACAGCGGCAAGUCGAGCGGGUCAAACCUGCUGGCAGCCAAGGCGACGUGGAUGCUCUCGCUCCUCACUCUAGUCACAAUGCUCUUCAGCAGUUGUAGUUAAGGAUGCUGCCCCACCCGAGGGACUGGACGCACAAUGUGCCCCGCUGCGAGGCAAGGAACGAUGAAGGCACAACAAGAGCAACAAGAGCUAAUGCACAAGAAUCGAGUUAAAUCAUUAAUUAACAACUAUUAUCAUUAUUAUUAUUAUUUGUGUAAUUCUUAAGUUGUUACAAGUAAUUUAUUAGGCCCUAAGCGCAUUCAUCUAGCAAUCGACUAACAAUUUACACACCAGAAGCGAAAAACUGAAACUGAACCCCUGAAGCGCACCUCUCCUUCUAGCUUUUCCAAAUUUGGAGCUCAUCGAAUUUCCAUGCCGCAUCCAACUAGACUUGUGUGCCAUAUAAAUGUGUUGGAGGUUUGCAUACGGAUCGAGUAAUCGCUAAAUAUUACAAUAUGAAAAUUACAAAAAAAAAAUGAAGAAGAAAGAAAAAUAGGCUCAAACUCAAGCAGAACCCUUUCCAUAGAGUGUGCAGUUUGUUCAGAUACAUGUUAAUAUAUAUAGCGUACCGUACAUAAAGCUCAAUGUUCAAAGCAAGUUGUUCCUUUUCGGUGUAAUUAACAAGUAAAUAGAGACGAAUUCAGAGGCGUGGCACCACAUUCAAUGGCUAGUUUUUGGAGCGAUCACAAAUAUUAUACGUAAAGGAUAUAAAUCUGUUAGCUGUAGCUCAGUGAAUGUUAAACUUAAACGAAAUUAUUGUUGUCUACACCUUUCGAACUGAAACGAAUACGAACAAUUUAGAAAUUGAUCAAUUGGGUAAACGAAGCGAAAUGCAUACGAAUGGAAUUUAGUUGAGUAAACGCACUUUACGGAAAAACUAGAAGACUUACAGCUUUAUACGCAAAACAAAAAACCGAGAAAAAAACACAAAACGAAAAUCGAUGAAAAUCUAUUGAUAACAUACGUACAUUAUAUGUAGCAUUAUUUAAAUUAUAUGAACAAAGAGAGAAGACCUUGGGGCAAUGUCAUGAAAUGCAUUCAGCUAAUUAGAGUUUAUGGGGCACUUCUGAAAGAGUUCUGAGAGAAAGUGCCGCAGAAUGAAACGCAGAGUUCAGCGCACAAAUCACGGUUCGCAGUCCGCAAUCCGCAAUUUGCAAUUCGCAAUCUGCAAUUUCAAACGACACUAUUGUUGCAAUCUAACGGAUACUUUACAGUGGGGCAGAGCGCUGCUGAAUCAAAUCCAGAGAGCAGCGCUGGCGACACUCUAAAUAACAAAUAAAUCUAUAUAUAUAUAUAUAUAUACAAAUGAAUAUGAAAUAUGCAUUAAUACGAGUACGGCGCCAGCGAUAAGAAUGAAGUCUAUAUAUAUAUAUACACACAUAAAUGAAUUAACUAAUUAAAUCGUAAUUAUAUGCUAGUGCGUAAACUGUAACGAUUAGCCCGUAACGUGUAAAAAGCAGAAACAGUUGAUCGAGAACAACAAAUUUAGUUAGUAGCAAAUUAACAAAGGAAACGCCAACUGCCGCCGCACAAAUCGAAUUGGCACAAAUAUCGCUUAAAUUUAUGUGCGGGUGUGCUGGUUGAACUAUGUAUAAUUAUUAUUUGUAUCAUUAUUAUUUAACUAUUGCAUGUGAUUAAUAAUAUUUAAGUUAAACGUAAACGCAACAUAUUAAAUUGUAACUUAUGUAUACCGCAAACAGCCGCAAUGUGCGAAAGGAAAUCAUCGUUGUAAAUCUAUUCGGAGAUAACAAAUGCGAAUUGAAAAUUGCACUAAAAAUAAAUGUACUACUUUUAGAUGCCUAAAAACCAAUAAAUAAUUAUGUAACAAGAAAAGCAAGUCCAACAAGUUUAUUGACAGCGAGACGCAUUAGAGCUAUGAGUAACGAAAACGAAUACGAAAAACUUUUGUAAAUUUCAUUUAAAACCUGAAUAAACGUCAAUAUUUGAAAUUCAAA